GUUCUCUAAAGUCGAAGGAAUCUUUCUUUCGAAAGAUCAGGAUAGAGAGAGGGGUGGUUCUCGUCCCAGUAACCCAGUUUAUCCCCGGGGGUUGAAUGAACGGCGGUGAACGCGGUGACGUCAUUCUCGACCUCAUUUCCGGUUUCCCAGUGCAACCAGUUAUCCAGCUCCGUGUCCCGUUGACCCGAAAUUUCUCAUGAAUCGAAGGACGCUCGUUCAUAGCCGAGUCGAUCUGCCGUGCAUGAAUGAAUUUUCCGCUUCUGCAUCGCCGUCGUGUCGCGACGGAAGAACGAGCUUGUGCCCGAGGCCACGAUUAAUCGGCGGCCACUCUCCCAUGCACGUCUCUCGGACGAGACGUCUUCGAUGUCGAGAAAGUCCGCGGACUUUCUCCGUGAGAAGCAGAAUACUUUUGUUCACAGUUCACUUGUCCGUGCGCAAUUAAAGUUUCAAAGAGAGCGUUCGUUAUUUAGCCGACAUUAGCUCGAUUGCUAUUGGGUCUAACUUGAGGAGUAAACUCAAGGACUAGUUUGGAAACACUGAGAAGCAACAGAACUCGAGCGGUAAACCCGACCAACUGUGAGAAAUCACAGUCGAGAAUUAUCGGGAACGUAAAAUUGAUGCUUUCGAAUUCUUCCACGUGAUUGGACUUGAUUUUCCUUCGUAUUGUCGGCUAAGGCGUUUCAAGCAAGUUGUACAUGGAUCGCACGAUGGAAUACUUGAGUUUCGAUCCGUCUGGCAAAUCGCUGACUUUAAAGAAAACUGACGAUAUCCCUAAACCUGCGCCCAAUGAAGUUCGAAUCAAAGUCUCAUAUUCUGGAAUCUGCGGAACGGAUUUGCACAUUUUGGAAGGAUCUUUUCCUUGCAAGAAGGAUGGACUUUUGAUCCUCGGCCACGAAUUCGUAGGUACGAUCGACGAGGUCGGAUCGAAAGUGACGACCUUCAAGGUCGGCCAACGCGUCGCCGUCGAUCCCAACAGCGGGUGCAACAAGUGCGAUCAUUGUCACAAUGCGAAUUACCACUUUUGUGAACUCGGCGGCAUAAACAAUACCAUCGGAAUCUACAGGGACGGCGGAUGGGCUACACAUGCGCUCGUUCCGGAAAAGCAGGUGUACUUAAUCCCAGAGGGAAUGGAAAUGCACCAGGCGGUACUGAGCGAACCGUUGUCGUGCCUGGCUCAUGGUUGGGACAGAAUUAAUCCCCUGAAUGUAGGAAGCAAGGUCCUCGUAAUAGGCGCUGGCAUCAUAGGCUUACUGUGGGCUUGUUUACUUCAUCUACAUGGCCUCCGAAAGACCGUCACUAUCUCCGAACCGCAAGAGAAACGUCGGCAGAUCGCCGAUAAUCUCUGUUUAAAUUACGAAGUUAAAAGUCCCAGUGAAAUCAAAGGAGAGUUUGACGUAGCCGUGGAUUGUAGCGGUUCUGGCCCGGCCAUGGAAGCAGCCGUGUCUUUAUUGGGUCCUGGUGGUCGUUUAUGCGUAUUCGGCGUCGCUCAUCCGCAAGCAGAGCUGACGAUCAAGCCAUUUAUGGUUUAUAAGAAGGAGUUGAGUAUUUUAGGAGUGAAUAUAAACCCCUAUAGUUUCAUCAAAGGAUUGGGUUUGUUACAAGCGAUGUCCGAGAAAUAUAUCAAUUACAAUAAAUUAGGAAUUAAGACAUUCUCUUUGUCUCAAUACGAGGAUGCUGUGUACGCGUUGAAGAAGGGAGAGAUAAGUAAAGCUAUGUUCAAGUUGUGAAGUGGUAUUUCGUUUUAUAAUUUUAUUUAGCUAAAGAUAACCUUUGUUUGAAUAAAACAAUAAGUAGAAGAUAACCUAAGUUUGAAUAAAACUUUAUUAUCAUUUAUUAUUAUCGUUUAUUUCAUACAUAUUCAAAUGACAGACGAGAAUAAAUGCACAAUUUUAUGUCGCAAAGUACAAUAUUGUAGUAUAAAGAAGAGUAUAUAUGUGUGUGUGUCGAUAUAAAAUGUUCGCAAAUAUAUUAUAGCCAUAAUA